AUGCCAGCAGCGAAAAGUCAGGUGCGAUCACAAAUCCCCUGUGGGAAUUGUGUCGCAUCUGAAACGCAGUGUGUUACUGCAACGCUCACUCCGCGACGUCGUCGAUUUCAAGAGAAAGUUUUAUUAGACCGUCUGCGCCAUUACGAAGGCCUUCUUCGCCAACAUAACAUUGAUUUCGAACCUCUGCAUCCCCAGGCCAAGCCGGACCCUGUCGGCGCGGCUGUCUCUCGGGCGUGUGGACGGUCAGAACCGGCGAGGGCACAGACCCCUGUCCAGUCGCAGGCAGUCCCAACUUUACUACAGGAGGUAACUAACGAGUUCUUUUGUAGCGACCUCUGGCAGGCCAUUAGCCGAGUAUCCAGAUGCGCAGGCCGACAAAAAAAAAACACCUGGGACCAUCACGUCGAACAGCCGGAAGCAAACGACCAGACCGAUGAUAAUUUUCUGUUUGGUCAGCCACAGGUUAAUGUGAAUGUCCUCGUCUUGCAUCCCGAACAAGUCCAGAUCUUUAGGCUCUGGCAGAUAUAUCUGGAGAAUGUCAAUCCCCUGCUAAAAGUCACCCAUACGCCGACGCUCCAGCCACGGAUUGUCGAUGCGGUCUGUGACCUUGGAAAUAUUCAUCCUACCUUGGAGGCACUCAUGUUUAGCAUAUACUGCAUCGCGGUCAUGAGUCUGACUGAUAACGAAUGUCAUCGGCUGCUCAGAUCGUCCAAGGAAGACCUGCUUGCGCGCUACCGGUUGGGGUGUCGACAAUUGCUGAUCAAGUGUCGGCCCUGGCAGUUUACCAAUGUCGAUGGCUUGACCGCAGUGUACCUCUAUUUGGUCUCCGUUUCGCCGCAGACAGACCCUCGCUCGCUCUCCUCUAUGCUGGCCGCGGCCCUCCGAAUUGCACAACGGAUGGGGCUUCACAAUGAGUCGACGUACACUCCAUACACUGCCGUAGAGGCUGAGAUGCGCCGAAGACUCUGGUGGUCAUUGGUGAUUUUUGAUCAUCGCAUGUGCGAGAUGUCCGACUACAAGGUCACCACGUUGACACCCACUUGGGACUGCCAGAUUCCGUUAAACGUCAACGACGUUGAGAUUCGACCCGACACCAAUUCCUGGGCCCCCAACAACGAGAAGCCGACUGAGGCGCUGUUCGCAGUUGUUUGUAGCGAGCUCGCCGACCGGAUUCGCCAUACCACCUUCCACAUUAACUUUGUCAACCCGGUACUGGCGGCGGUGGCUAAGGCAAAGAAUCCUGGCCGCAUGUUCAUUCCUGCAGACGAUGAGAUGUUGACUAUCCAGAAGACAAUCGAGGAAAAAUACCUCGCUUUUUGCGACCCCACCGACCCGCUCCGUUAUAUGGCAAUCUGGACGACGCGCGGCUACCUGGCCAGAAACCGCCUGCUGGAGCACUAUGCGCGGCACCUGACGUCGCCAGCAAUGCAGCAGACAGACGCUCAGCGCAACGCUGCCCUGUUCUACGCUCUACAGAUGUUGGAUCGGUACCGAUGGCUCGUAGAUUUCCAUGUCCCCGCCCUGGCAUACAUCCACGUCCUGAACGACCUAAAGAAGAGACCCACAGAAAGCCACGUGGAGAAGGCCUGGCAGGCCAUGAGCAAGAAUUACGAAGCGCGAGUCAUGCAUCCAAAGCCCAGCGGGCAGGGUAUCUUCACCGUCUUUGCAAGGGCGGUUCUCCAAACUUGGGGAGCGAGGGAGGUAUUCCUCCGACAACAGGGCAUGCCGGUGGAGACACCCCAGAUUGUGUUGGAUAUUCGCAACAAGGUAGGGCAGAGGAGUUCGGAUUCUUCGAUGGUACCGAGCUGCGGCACUGGAGAACCGCCUCACAGCAGCAUCGCGAUCGGUACCAGUUCAGAGACCGUUCCCACGCAGAUGAGCUUCUCUGGGCACAGUGCCGAUGGACAAGGCUUCCCAGAUCCGGACCUAGGACCCAGCAGCUUCCCCGAGGUUGCUGGAUCGCCCGGAAUGGAUAUUAAUUUAGAUUAA